CUCCUCCUCCUCCUUAUAACACACACACACACACACCCUCUCUGUUACACACAGUAUUAACGGAGAACACAGAAAAGCAGAGAGUUCAUAUCCUGAGAGCUACUGAGAGAUAAUACAGAAGAAGAGCCAGCAUGACAAAAAUGUCGACGUGGACCACAGAGACAGCGGAGAUGAUGGAGACCUCUCCACCUCACCCUGGCUCUGCAGCCCCUAAUAUCUCAACCUUCUUGGACUCUGAGUUCCGUUACAUCCUGUUUCCUGUUGCCUAUGGCAUCAUCUUCGUACUCGGCCUCCUUGCUAACGCCUAUGUGUUGUUUGUCAUGCGGAACCUGCGUAAACUCAAAAGAAUGGGUGAAAUCUUUAUCUACAUGACAAACCUAACCGUCGCCGACCUCCUUUUUGUGUCUGCCCUGCCCUUCUGGAUCGGCUACUACAGCCGUCAUGGUCACUGGGUCUACAGUGACUUCAUGUGUCGAUUGACCGGGUCAUUUUUCUUCAUCAACACCUACUGCUCCAUCCUCUUCCUCGGGGCCAUCACUGUAAACCGGCACUGGGCAGUGGUCAGGCCUCUGGAUGCAGCCUCUUCAGAUCACAGAUGUCGUGGCAUCGUUGUGUGCAUCAUAAUCUGGGGACUGACCAUAUCCAUGGCCAUUCCUUCCCUGAUGAAUCCAGGGAUCCAGACCGACCAAAACAACAUCACUCGCUGCUUUGAGGGAUUUCAAAAUCAAACCGAUAACGAGAAAAAGUUAAUAGCGGCCAUACAUUUAGUGAUCAUCGCAGCGUUUUUUGUCGUCUUUUUUCUCAUCGUGGUGUGCAACUCCCUUACUGCUCGGGCCUUAGUUUUUGGAAAUACUCCCCAGUGCAGUACCAGGUCUAAGUCCUCCUUGUCCAGAAAGUCCAGAGCCCUGCAGACGCUGCUGGCAGUGGUCGCUGUCUUUGCACUGUGUUUCCUUCCCCACCAUGUCAUCCAGGGCCCCUGGACACUGGCAGUCUUGCAGAUUCAAAAGGGCUGGGGCCAGGUGGACUGGGACCAGAACACUCUUCAGGCUCUCAACGACACUCAUCAGAUCACGUUGCUUUUCAUGGGUCUCAACUGCCUCUUGGACCCUGUCGUCUACUUUUUUGCCACAACCAGGUUCAGGAAAUACAUCAUGGCCCAUAUUAAAAAGAUUGGGAAGGGAGAGGGCUGCUCCCAGACGGCCGUCACAGAUAUGUCCUUGGAGAGCAGGAAGCAAAGCCUGGCAGAUCAGAGCCUUCGCCAACAUCCUGGCCACAAACUGGCCGAUGGAAAUAUCUGUAACUAAGUAUAAAAUACUGAGGAUAACAGAUCUGAGGUUGCGUGGGAAAUGAGAAAAAAGCAGAAGUUUCAUAAACGGAAGGCCUGUUUGUGUCUCUCUGUGAGGACAUUUCAUGAAGGAGACGAGACGUGUCUUGCUCAGAGAAUUUCACCAACUUCAAAACAAUGGAAAUGUCCAUCUCAUAAAUCACAACAAACAACAUGUAUGGACCCUGAGGGCGGCUCCUCAGGCAUUCAGGGAGCAGCUUCCACUCAAGAUUCUUCAAGAACUCUGUCACUGUUAAUGACUUACAACAGUGUAAUCUUUUAUGAGACACUCGACUCCUGUACAUUUAGACCUCUGUCUUUAUGAGUCAUACGUGAUAUUGUGAAACCCAGGAACUGCAGGUGAUGAUGUGUGAGGAACGGCAUUUUUCUCCUCGGGGAUCUCAUAUGUGACACACACUCCUCGGUUAGAUGAUUAGAUACAACAGUUUGACUGCUCAGACUGCAGCGAUAAUCAACUGUUGGCUCGUGGGCCAAAUCCAGUGUGCCGAACCAUCCAAUCCUGCUCACAACUGGAGUCCAAAAUAAACAUUCAAUACUUUUUUUUUGAGUAAAG